UUCAGCGCCCGGAGGCCAGGCUCCCAGUAAGCAGAGAUGCUGCUGCUGUGGGUGUCGGUGUUUGCAGCCUCGGCGCUGGCAGCACCAGCUCCCGGGGCAGGUGGGCAGAGGCGGGGAGCAGUUCAGGCUUGGCCCGAUGCUCCUAACGUGGUGCUAGUCGUGAGUGAUUCCUUCGAUGGAAGGCUAACAUUUUAUCCAGGAAGUCAGGUAGUGAAACUUCCUUUUAUCAGCUUCAUGAAAGCACAUGGCACUUCCUUUCUAAAUGCCUACACAAACUCUCCAAUCUGCUGUCCAUCGCGUGCAGCCAUGUGGAGUGGGCUCUUCACUCACUUAACAGAAUCUUGGAAUAACUUUAAGGGCUUAGAUCCAAAUUACACGACAUGGAUGGAUGUCAUGGAGAAGCAUGGCUACAGAACACAAAAAUUUGGAAAACUGGACUACACUUCAGGACAUCACUCCAUCAGCAAUCGUGUGGAAGCCUGGACAAGAGAUGUUGCUUUCUUACUCAGACAGGAAGGCAGGCCUAUGGUUAACCUUGCCCCUAAAAAGACUAAAGUAAGAGUGAUGGAAGCGGACUGGAAGAAUACAGGCAGAGCAGUCAACUGGUUAAGAAAGGAGGCAAGUAAUUCCACUCAACCAUUUGUUCUGUACUUGGGAUUAAAUUUACCGCACCCGUAUCCUUCACCAUCUUCAGGAGAAAAUUUUGGAUCUUCAACUUUUCACACAUCUCUUUAUUGGCUUAAAAAGGUGUCGUAUGAUGCCAUCAAAAUCCCAAAGUGGUCACCUCUGUCAGAAAUGCACCCUGUAGAUUAUUACUCUUCAUAUACCAAAAACUGCACUGGGAAGUUUACAGAAAAAGAAAUUAAGAAUAUUAGAGCAUUUUAUUAUGCUAUGUGUGCUGAGACAGAUGCUAUGCUUGGUGAAAUUAUCUUGGCUCUUCGCCAGUUAGGUCUUCUUCAGAAGACUGUCGUCAUAUACACCGCAGACCACGGGGAGCUGGCUAUGGAGCACCGACAGUUCUAUAAGAUGAGUAUGUACGAAGCUAGCUCCCAUGUCCCACUCUUGAUCAUGGGGCCAGGAAUUCAGGCCAACCUACAAGUAUCAAGUGUGGUGUCUCUUGUGGAUAUUUACCCUACUAUGCUUGAUAUUGCUGGAAUUCCUCUGCCUCAGAACCUGAGCGGAUACUCUCUGCUGCCAUCAUCGUCAGAAAUGUUUAAGAAUGAACAAAAAUUAAAAAACCUACACCCACCCUGGAUUCUGAGUGAAUUCCAUGGAUGCAAUGUAAAUGCUUCCACCUACAUGCUUCGAACUAACCAAUGGAAGUAUAUAGCCUACUCUGAUGGUGUUUCAGUAUUACCUCAACUCUUCGAUCUUUCCUCAGAUCCAGAUGAAUUAACAAAUAUUGCUGCAAAGUUUCCAGAAGUUACUUCUUCUUUGGAUCAGAAGCUUCGUUCCAUUAUUAACUACCCUAAGGUUUCUGCUUCUGUCCACCAAUACAAUAAAGAGCAGUUUAUCAAGUGGAAACAAAGUAUAGGGCAAAACUAUUCAAAUGUCAUAGCAAACCUUAGAUGGCACCAGGACUGGCUGAAAAAACCAAAGAAGUAUGAAAAUGCCAUCGAUCAGUGGCUUAAAUCCCACUCUGAUCCAAAAACAAUUUGAACAAAAAAAAGAAAAAAAUGUUUUAGAGCUAUAUAGAAAUAUGUUAUAAAAUCAUGAUUCAUUAUGCAUUUUAAAUGUCAGUUUUAAUAAUUACUGAUUUUAAAUUAAAGAAUGUACUCUUUUAAAACAAGAUACCAAUUAUUAUAGAAUAAUAUAUUUUCAAAAUGAUUACUAUCAAGACCUUAUUCUUACCAACUUCUAACAACUUAAUGGGAGUAUUAAAAGGAUGGAAACAAAUACUAGAACAUAAAGUUGUGUUCCUCUGAAUAUUAUGGAAUAUAGAAGAUUGUAACAAUUAUUAAGAUUAUUACUUAUGAACCAUAAAAUAGUUAUUUUUGAGUA